AAUAGUGUCAAAGUUCUGUGGUGUCAAAUGUCAAAACACUAUCCAAACCCAAACAUCGGUCUGUCAAAAACGUAAUUAAAAAAGUGUUUUAUUUGCAAUUUGGUGUAUUUUUAUCAAUAAAAGUGCGUCUUAUCCUUCGAAUAUUAAAAGUAAAACUUCAAAACUGUCCAGCUCCUAAAAUAUGUCGAUAGAAAUCGAAUCGGCAGACGUAAUUCGUCUAAUUCAGCAAUACUUGAAAGAAUCUAACUUAUUAAGAACUCUUCACACACUCCAGGAGGAAACUGGUGUAACAUUAAACACUGUAGAUAGUGUUGAUGGCUUUUGUGCAGAUAUCAAUAAUGGGCAUUGGGACACCGUUUUGAAAGCAAUUCAAUCACUUAAACUUCCAGACAAAAAAUUGAUUGAUUUGUAUGAACAGAUUGUUUUAGAAUUAAUUGAACUAAGAGAGUUAGGAGCGGCGAGAUCACUCCUCAGACAAACAGACCCUAUGAUAAUGAUGAAACAAAAUGAACCCGAACGUUACAUACACUUGGAAAAUUUACUCGCUCGUUCAUAUUUUGACCCUCGCGAGGCGUACCCUGACGGCGGCAGCAAAGAAAAACGCCGUGCUGCGAUUGCUCAUGCUUUGUCAGGGGAAGUAUCAGUGGUACCAUCAUCCCGUCUUUUGGCCCUACUUGGCCAGGCGUUAAAGUGGCAACAACAUCAAGGUUUGUUACCACCUGGUACCACGAUUGACUUGUUUAGAGGCAAAGCUGCCAUCAGAGACCAGGAAGAUGAACAAUUUCCCACCCAAAUGGCCAAACAAAUUAAAUUUGGACAAAAAUCACACGUGGAGUGUGCUCGCUUUUCUCCAGAUGGACAAUAUCUUGUCACAGGGAGUAUUGAUGGGAUCAUUGAAGUGUGGAAUUUCACCACGGGGAAGAUUCGCAAGGAUUUGAAAUAUCAAGCCCAGGAGAGUUUCAUGAUGAUGGAACAUGCAGUUUUAUGUAUGGCGUUUUCACGCGACAGCGAAAUGUUGGUAACUGGGUCACAAACAGGUAGAAUCAAAGUUUGGAGGAUUAGUACUGGCCAGUGUUUGCGAAAAAUUGAAAAAGCUCACUCUAAAGGUAUUACGUGUUUACAGUUUUCUCGAGAUAACAGUCAAGUUUUAAGCGCUUCUUUUGAUCACACCAUUAGAUUACAUGGGCUAAAAUCUGGGAAAAUAUUGAAAGAGUUUCGUGGGCACAGUUCAUUUGUAAAUGAAGUUAUUUUCACUCAAGAUGGACACAAUGUUCUGAGUGCAUCUUCUGAUGGGACCGUGAAAGUAUGGAGUAUAAGAGCUGCGGAAUGCAUCAACACUUUUAAAUCUUUAGGUGCAGGUGACAUUACUGUAAACAACAUUCACAAUUUUGCAAAAAAUCCGGAACAUUUUGUUGUGUGUAAUCGCACUAAUACUGUAGUUAUUAUGAAUCUCCAAGGACAGAUUGUUAGGUCAUUUUCAAGUGGUAAACGUGAAGGAGGUGAUUUUGUAUGUUCAACAGUGUCACCAAGAGGUGAUUGGAUUUAUUGCGUUGGUGAAGAUUUAGUUUUGUAUUGCUUUUCUACAAAUUCUGGUAAACUUGAAAGAACUUUAAAUAUUCAUGAAAAGGAUGUUAUUGGUAUUGCUCACCAUCCACAUCAGAAUUUACUCUGUUCAUAUAGCGAGGAUGGACUUGUACGUUUGUGGAAACCGUAAAUUGUAAUUUUGUAAUCUUAAGAACUAAAGAGUACAUUAAGA